AUUUUUCUCCAGGCCCUGCCGACUGUCAUCAUGCCUACUCAUCGACACUAUCUAACUCGACACCCAAAAACGACGAUGGCACUUCAAUCAUUGAGAUACAAAAACGCAGAACUAGGGGAGAGCUGGCACGAGACUCAUCUCCUGUGGACAAACACUUGCGUGCGCGUCUUCCGUCUUCUCCGAGAUUUGGGAGUGUUUGAUAGAACGAUGGGGAACGAUACAGAACAAUGCUUGCACACGGACCUCGGAAAAAUUCUCUUUCAUGAGCGAGAAUAUCUUCACAAGAAGUAUCUCUGGCCGGUGCUCCGGAAAAUGUCUAAUCUGAUCAGGAAUUGGCAUGCACUCAAUGACAGAAUCAACGCAGAUAUCUGUGAGUUUGAAAAGUCCUCGCGUCUCAGCGUUACGACAGACCUGGUGUUACGAUGCUCGCCGGAAACCCGAGAAAUUUGCUACUCUCAUCUUCUCAGCACCAGCUUGGGUUUUGACAUCGGAAUCUAUGUUCGGAAAUGCGUACUAUUACCUGGAGAACUUGACCCUCGUCCAAUGACAGACCGAGAGAGGGUGGAGCGCAUAAUUAAUCCUUUAUCUGUCCAUCCUAUCGCUUGUAGGGAAAUUUUAAGGGCGGCAGCACGCCAACAAAAGAAUCGUCAGAAUCUCUUUCUCAAAAGUUCCCAACACCUGGAAUAUAAGCUCAGGACGGAUCCUUUCAAGUUAGGUGUUCUCACAGGAGCCUUCUUCAGCAACAUAGUCAUGUCUAUCAAGAUCAUGAAGCGAGUUUCAAAAGGGUCGAGAAGACUUAUCUUUCAAUUAACAUAUGUUGGCGAGAUCCGAAAAGCAUUGAUAUGGAUUUCUGAACGGGAACACAGAGGAAUUUCGCUAUCCUUGAACGUCACAGAGGCCACUACUGAGGAAGCAGCAAAGUGCUUCCAGUUUCUGCUCCCGGCUAUGUAUUACCUCAAAAAAAGGAGAUCUCGAUCAAUUCGUUUGCAAGUCUAUGGUGUGGACGUCGUUACGGGACAAAACUUCAACAAAAUCUUUCAAAAUCCGUAG